UGGCCAAACCAAAGCUCCAUGGGUUUUGAGCCCACUCUUCUUAGAAGGCAGGCUUAAGGGGUCUUGUAUCACCAGAGAGCAUGGCCUUUGAGAGGCUUGAUCCACUGUCUCCUUACCCCAUCCCAUUCCUUCAAAUCCCAAGAUGCAUAUCUAAGUAUUUCUUUCAACACAUACAGCCACAUCCCUAGGAGCAGUUCAUGAAAUACAAUCAUGUCCAUCUCUACAUUUCUAGUGAUGUUUUGGCACUCCCAAUAGACUAGCUCUGAAAGUGAUCUUUAACCAAGAGUCUUCUCCUAAUCCAGUUCCUUGGGAAUGCAAGGAAAGAGGCAUAGAGACAGAAAGGUAAAAACUGGAAGGUAGAGGGACCCCCUAUCAAAAAGGGAGUGUGGGUGAGGCCAGGGACUGUACUCUACAUUCUCUGACCACACCCUUCAUCAGCUACAACCUCCUGCUUUCUCCUCCCUCCACCCAUUAAAACCACUGUUCAACCUCAACCGGACUCUUGUGAGCCUAUCCCUCCCCUAAUAGUUGAAAUAUGCUGCCCUGGUCACCGGGCUGCAGAACUGCCACACCAGAAACAUAUAAAAUCCCCAACGAUACCCAAGGAAGAUCCUCUUCACAGCAUUUCCACCUCCACACUCCCUCAAACAAAAUCAAGAGGAGAGGAACCUUGCUGAUCUCCAAACAGGAACGUGCCUCCAAGCCCAGGGCAGCCCCAGACCUCAGAUGAAGUUCCAGCUAGAGUGGAACUUCCUCAACAGCACAAUCUGUGUUGCAUAACUAGAACCUGCCUUGGUGCCCCACAAUAUUUGUGGUUGGUUGAGUAAGUGGAUAAGGAGACUCUCUUUUUGGUGUGUUUUUUUUUUUCUACUUCCAUUUCCUCUUCUGACACUUGCUUAUAUUACAUCCAUCUUCCAGUCACUCCAGGUACCAUUCACAGGCUUCCCAUGGGUUCUUCUCCAGAGCCCACCAGCCCAGGCCUCACCUGGUUGUUGAAUUCCUAUGGCUUUCAUUUGUGAAAGCUGCCUCUGGUGGGACAAAGAAACCCACACGCAUGGAAACCCCAGUAGAAAAGACCCCCAAAGUAAACUGGCUGAGAAGUCUCUUGGGAUUUGAGCCCUGGACUCAAACCCCAAAUCCAAGCUCUUUACUCACUUACUGUGACCUUGGAUCUCUCAGAGCCUCAGUGUCCUCAUUUGUAAAACUGUAUGUCAACAACACAAAGACAGAUUCUAUGCACACAGUGGAGGUGCACAUGAGGUUAUGUGUGUAAAGUACUUGCUUUGUAAAUCAUUCAGCCCAGACUAAUAUGAAUUACUAUUGUAAUCAUCUAAUAAAAACAGAAUCAUUGUAUCAUAUGCACAAAUAAAUCUCUACCCAAGAUCAUUACAUAAGAUUCCUAAAAGUUCUCUGCUUAUGGGGGGAAUUGGGUUAGGAUUUGGGGUGAAAGGAGGGACACAGAAGAAGGGUUGGAGAUAAAGUGUGAAACAAGUCCUGUGUGAAUCAGGAUGGUGGAAAAUUGGCUCCAUUUAGGCCUUAGGCGAAAUUGUCCGAGGCCAAGUCUGUCUUGAGUGUUCCCUGGCUCAGUUUUUUGUCCCUAUCUCUCCUCUGGCCUAACACCCACGUCUCUGUCUCCAAGUCCAGGGCUUUUUCGUAUUCUUAAUCCAACUGUGUCUGAACAAGGACCAACCAGAAGGAAUGAUACUGCUUUCUGCUCGGAAUUUCUUUUUCACACUAAGUCUUUGGAACUCAAGUGUAUUCCGCACUUAUAACACAUGUACAAUUCAACUCAAACUAGCCACAUUUCAAAUUCUCAAAAGUCACACACGGACGGGGCUGCUUUCCCAAAACCGUGGUUUGUGUGUCCUCGGAGAUUGAAAGGUUAACCUACAGCCAGAUGCAAGGGAGAACCAGUAGGCGUUGUCAACCUCAGCUCUGCGGAGCAUGCCGGGAGUUGUAGUCUGAGCCCAUCUGCCGCUGGGGUCCGAUGGGCGUUGUAGGCCUCGGGCUUGUGGUGCAUGCCGGGAGUUGUAGUCCGCACCCGCUGGUGGCGGGCUCUGCGUAUCAUGGCCGUCUCCGCCGCGCACCCACAGUCUUCCGCUUGGCCCCAGAAAGUUUCGGUUCUGCCCAGCGGUGGACCCACUAGCGCGUGCCACCAUGGAGUCUGACUUCUGCUGAUCGGACCCAGGCAGGAGGGCACAGCCGAGACCGCGGCCUGUAGCCAGUCGCCAUGGCUUCCCCCAGCACGGAUGGCCAACUCCAGAGGAUCAUCCGUGAUUUGCAAGAUGCUGUGACAGAACUAAGCAAAGAAUUUAAGGAAGGAGGGGAACCCAUCACAGAUGACAGCACCAGCUUGCAUAAGUUUUCUUACAAACUUGAGUACCUCCUUCAAUUCGAUCAGAAGGAGAAGGCCACCCUCCUGGGCAACAAGAAGGACUACUGGGAUUACUUCUGUGCCUGCCUGGCCAAGGUGAAGGGCGCCAACGAUGGGAUCCGAUUCGUCAAGUCUAUUUCGGAGCUCCGAACAUCUCUGGGGAAAGGAAGAGCAUUUAUCCGCUACUCAUUGGUGCACCAGAGGCUGGCAGACACCCUGCAGCAGUGCUUCAUGAACACCAAAGUGACCAGCGACUGGUACUACGCCCGAAGCCCCUUUCUGAAGCCCAGGCUGAGCUCUGACAUUGUGGGCCAGCUCUACGAGCUCACCGACGUUCAGUUUGACUUGGUGUCCAGGGGCUAUGACUUGGACGCGGCCUGGCCGACGUUUGCCAGGAGGACACUGGCCCCCGGCUCCUCUGCCUACCUGUGGAAACCCCCCAGCCGGAGCUCCAGCAUGAGCAGCUUGGUGAGCAGCUACCUGCAGACUCAGGAAAUGGCCUCCAGCCUUGACCUGAACAGCCCCUUGAACAACGAGGCACUGGAGGGCUUCGACGAGAUGCGGGUGGAGCUGGACCAGCUGGAGGUGCGGGAGAAGCAGCUGCAGGAGCGCAUUCAGCAGCUGGACCGAGAGAACCAGGAGCUGCGGGCAGCCGUCACCUCACAGGGGGAGCAGCUCCAGGUGGAGAGGGAGCGGGCCCGCUCUGCAGCCGAGGACAACGUCCGCCUAACGCGCAUGACGGCUGAGCUGCAGAAGCAGUGGGAGGUCACCCAGGCCACACAGAGCACCGUGCAGGAGCUGCAGAAGUGCCUGCAGGCCCUGGAGCCAGGCCCGGCGGAGAAGGAGGGGGAUUCCCACUUGGCCCUGCAGCGGCUGGAGCCCAUGCUGCAGCGCCUGGCGCAGGAGCUCGAGGCCACACGGGACGCGCUGGGCAGGAAGGACGAGCUUUCGGCUAAUGUCCCAGGUCCGGGCAUGGCUGAGCAGAAGGCAGAUGUGGCACUGGACACAAAGGGGCAGCCAGAGCUCGACCCCAGUGCCUCGGCCCUGACGAUCCAGCAGCUGGGGGAGAAGCUUCACGCCCUAGAGCGGGAGAGCACCAAGGUCCAGGAGCUCAACAGGCAGCAGAGCACGCAGCUGGAGCAGCUGGCCAAGGAGCUGCAGCUGAAGGAGGAGUCCCGUGCCGGCCUGGAGCGCGUCGUCAGGGAGAUGGCCUCGCUGCAGGAAGAGCUAUCCGCGAAGAGGAAGGAGGCCACCCAGCUCCGGCGCCGGCUGCAGGAGUCGCUGGCCCACAUGAGCACCAUGGAGGAAGAGCUGGCAGAGGUGAGACAGGUCGAGCGGCAGCAGCGUGAGGAGAAGGAGCUGCUGCAGCGCGAGGCCAGGUCCCUGACACGGCAGCUGCGGCUCCUGGAGACCCAGCUGGCACAGGUGAGCCAGCGCGUGAGCGACCUGGAGGAGCAGAGGAAGCAGCUCAUCCAGGACAGAGACCGCCUCAGCGAGAAGGUGGGGACGCUGGAGCGGCUGGCUGCGCAGCCAGGUCCCGGCCUGCCCGUGGCAGCGGAGAGCAGUGAGGUGCUGGCCCCCCAGGAUUCCGCCCUGCAGGAGGGACCGAUGGAUGGUACUACAGUUCAGGGUAGCAGCCGGGAGGAGGAGCUGCGGCAGGCCAACAUGGAGCUGGAGAAGGAGCUGCAGAGCGUGAUGGCCCGUAACCAGCGCCUGGAGGACAAGCUGCGUGCCCUGCAGGCGGAUUACCAGGCCCUGCAGCAGCGGGAGGCAGCCAUCCAGGGCUCCCUGGCCUCCCUAGAGUCCAAGCAAGCCAGCAUCCGGCACAUGGGUGACCAGAUGGAGGCCAGCCUCCUGGCUGUUGUGAAGGCCAAGGAGACCAUGAGGACCCGCAUGGCCGAGAAGGAGGCUGCCCUGCAGAGCAAGGAGGCCAAGUGCCAGCAGCUGCGGGAGCAAAUGGAGCAGUGCCGGCAGCUGGCAGAGGCCCGGGAAGGGGAGUUCAGGGCUUUAGAGAGCCAGUGCCAGCAGCAGACCCAGCUGAUCGAGACCCUCAGAGCAGAAAAAGGCCAACAGGGGCUCAGCCCACCUCAAGAAAAUGCAUCCCAGGAGCUAGCUGCCCAGCUGGCCCUAUCUCAGGCGCAGCUGGAGGUCCAUCAGGGGGAGGCUCAGCGAGUGCAGGCUGAGGUGGUGGACCUCAAGGCCAAGCUCCAGGCAGCCCUGGGUGACCGAGAGAAGGUGCAGAGCCAGCUGGGUGUGACUGAGGCGGCUCUGCAGGAGCACAAGGCCCUUGUGCAGCAACUGAAGGAGCAGAACGAGGCCCUCAACAGGGCGCAUGUCCAGGAGCUGCUGCAGUGCUCAGAGCAGGAAGGGGCCCUGCAGGAAGAGCGGGCCCAGGAGGCCCAUCUGAGGAUGGAGGAACUCCAGGCCCUGCAGGAGGAGCUGUCCCAGGCCAAGUGCAGCUCCCAGGAAGCCCAGCUGGAGCAUGCCGAGCUGCAGGAGCAGCUGCACCGGGCCAACACGGACACCGCCGAGCUCGGCAUCCAGGUCUGCGCACUGACCGCGGAGAGGGAGCGGAUGGAGGGCGUGUUGGCCUGCACCGUCCAGGAGCUCCGGGAUGCCAAAGAGGCAGCCGCCAAGGAGCGAGAGGGCUUGGAACACCAGGUGGCGGGGCUGCAGCGAGAGAAGGAGAGCUUGCAGGAGAAGCUGAAGGCUGCCGAGGAGGCAGCUAACUCACUGCCUGGCCUGCAGGCCCAGCUGACCCAGGCCGAGCAGCGGGCCCAGGGCCUUCAGGAGACUGCACACCAGGAGCUUGACACCCUCAAGUUCCAGCUGAGCACCGAGAUCAUGGACUAUCAGAGUAAACUUAAGACUGCCAGCGAAGAGUGCAGGAGCCUCCGGGGCCAGCUUGAGGUACGGGGCCAGCAGCUGCGGGCUGCCAAGGAGGCCGUGGACAAGCUGGAGGCCACCCAGGCAGACCUGGGAGAGAAGCUGAGCCGCACCAGCAGCCGCCUCUCGGAGUGCCAGGCCGUCGUGCUGAAGAAGGACAAGGAGGGGGCCGCCCUGCGCGAGAACUCGAGCAGGACCCAGAAGGAACUUGAAAGAGCCACGGCAAAAAUCCAGGAGUAUUGCAGCAAACUCUGCCAGGAGGCGAGAAGCCGGGAGAAGAAUGACCAGAAGAUGCUGGCGGACCUGGAUGACCUGACUAGGACCAAGAAGAACCUGGAGGAGCGGCUGAUAGAGCUGCUCAGGGACAAGGAUGCACUCUGGCAGAAGUCCGAUGCCCUGGAAUUCCAGCAGAAGCUCAGCGCUGAGGAGCGAUUCGGGGACUCGGAGGUGAACCACUGCUUUGACUGCAAGCGCGAGUUCAGCUGGAUGGUGCGGCGGCACCGCUGCAGGAUAUGUGGUCGCAUCUUCUGUUACUACUGCUGCAACAACUACGUGGCGACAAAGCCCGGGGGCCGGAAGGAGCGCUGCUGCCGAGCCUGCUUCCAGAAGUUCAGCCCUGGCUCCCCGGACAGCACCAGCUCGGGCACCAGCCAGAGCCAGCCCAGUCCCACUCUGUCGCCGGCCCAGGCUGGGCUGCAGGCCGCUGGAGGCCAAGGCGCAAACCCAGACUUCAGGUCACCAGACGACACUGUGUUCGACAUCAUCACGGACGAGGAGCUGUGCCAGAUACAGGAGUCGGGCUCCUCCCUGCCUGAAACGCCCACCGAAGCCGACUCUCUUGACCCCAGCAUGGCCGAACAGGACACCGCAUCGAGCUCACUAACCCCUGAGGACACCGAAGACAUGGCCCUGGGGCAGGACACGGAAAUCUGCUUGCUGAAGUCCGGGGAGCUGAUGGUAAAAUUGCCCUUCACAGUGGAUGAGAUUGCCAGCUUUGGGGAGGGUAGCAGGGAGCUGUUUGUGAGGUCCAGUACCUACAGCCUCAUCUCCAUCACCGUGGCCGAGACCGGCCUCACCAUCAGCUGGGUCUUCUCCUCCGACCCCAAGAGUAUCUCCUUCAGUGUGGUCUUCAGGGAGGCAGAGGCCACUCCGCUGGAUCAGUGCAAGGUCCUCAUUCCCACCACCCGAUGCAAUUCCCACAAGGAAAACAUCCAGGGCCAGCUCAAGGUCCGCACACCAGGCAUCUACAUGCUCAUCUUCGACAACUCCUUCUCCAGGUUUGUCUCCAAAAAAGUAUUUUUCCACUUGACGGUCGACCGGCCCGUGAUCUACGAUGGGAGUGAUUUCCUGUAGCCUCCGCACCUGGAUCUCAGCAGUUUCACUUCACCCACAGGAAACACUACUCUCUCACCUGCCACAUAAAACACUAAAACAAAAACAACAAAACAGCCCAGCCACUCCAAAGCUGAUCAACUAUGCAACUCGACAACACCCUGGCUGCUCUCCUGGCUGCAUGGUCCGGGCAGCGUGCACUCAGCCCGCAGCUCAGCUCCCGGGGGCUCACACAGCCUUUCCCUCGCUGCCUCGCCCCGAAGGGGCACUACCGGGGGGCUCACCACUCCUGAGCACAGUUGGUUCCAAGCCUCCUGGGGAGUUUCACAGGCCAGAGGUGGUACCUACCUCUGCCCAUGGAAAGAGUUGCCCUGCUCUGCCAGCCUGGCCCGGCAUCCUGAGAGACCAUGAGCCAGAUGCCCUUGCCGGACCCGGUGAGGCCUUGGGUCCCAGGGUCAUCAUGAGAGUCAGGGUGCCAGGGGCCCUCACGAGACCUCAACCAGCCUCCUCCGGCCAUGUUCCUGUCCCUUCCGCCCCAGUCAGCUUGGUGUUGCUCCCACACUCAGCAAUUCCAGAGGCCCCUCCAACUGCCCGUUCCUCCUGGGCCUUCUGCUGGGCAAUUCUGUCCGCGAGCAAAGCCCUUCAUCACCCAGGCCUCUCAGAUCUCCCCUAAGAAUCAGAACUGAAAGUUAUCCAGGGAACAGAACCCCCCACACUCAGAGCCUGCGGAAGCCACCCCGUACAGACGGUGAAAGCCCAACACCGGUUAACACCAAUCUGUGACCAGAGAGCAGGCUGUGCUUGGCCUGCAGGUCCCACUUCUCGGCUGAUGGCCUUCAUUUAUACAACUAGGAGCUGCCUCACAUGCAGAUACGUUUACUAAUGAUCAUAAUCAGGGUGAGAACCACUUUCAAAAAUGGGCUCCUUAAGUCUUAGGUAACUCACGUGUAAACAGGCACGACUCAUGAAUCUGCUCUGUUCACCAUUUGGUCCCGAUUCCCUGGCACCACUUGCCCACUUCCUGCUGCUCAGCCGGAACCUGAUGCCCAGGAGCCACCUCCCCUGAGGAGCCACCUCCCCUGGGGCAGAUGCUUCCUUUUCCUGGUCUCUGGCCCUUUGCUUCGCCCACCGCAGAAGCUCAACUUUGAUGGCCUCUGUGCCUGUUCAGGGGGGCCAGCCACCUGUAGCCAGGGCUUCGGUCCUUCCUGCUGAACAGAACAUCUGACGAGGCAGCCCACGCUGACCGGGGCUGAGGGAGAGAGCGCUGGGCCCCGGCAGCCCUCUGUCAUCCAUGAGCCUGGCCUGGCCGGUUCUGAGAACUUGAGGCUGGGUCAGGGCCCCCCACUAAGAGCAGCACCGACCCCACUGUGCCCCAGCAGAGCACUCCUGGGGCGGGGGUUGGAGGAAAUGGCUUCUGCAAUGGGCUCAGACCCCUCGUUCAAGCAGGAGACUGGGCACUUGGGUUCGUUUAAGUGGGGCGUGAGGAAUGGUGAACAACCUUCAGGAGAAAAGCUGGGCCUUGUGCUCUCUCCUUGGAGCCACCAGAGCUCUAGCAUCUACGGCCAAGGGCCUGGUGGCGCCCUGCACCAGAACCACACGGCAAGGCCGGAGACCUCACAGCAUGUGCUUGUCCUCAGGUGUGCCACAGCCCGAGACUGAAGGCUUCAGAGCUCGUUGUUCUGCCUGUGAAUCCGUCCCCUCCCCCCUUCCAGGAAAGCAUAAUAGAAAGUAGCUGCUCACGUGAAAGAAACUAACAGUUAAUGGAGAACGCAGGGCAGUCUGGGAUCUGGUGAGAGCUUAGCUUUCGCAGGAUCCCGGGAACCAGCAUCUAGUGAGUAGCUGACAGGGUUCCUGUGAAAGGCCUGGGACAUUCUAUUCAUGAGGUCCUGCUGCAGCUUUAAGACCACUUGGCCUGUCAACCCAGAGCCACUCCUGGGGAGCAGGGACCCUUCAUGGUGAGCACCCCUGGAGCGUUGACUGCAGUUGCAAAAGGGCCUUUGGUGGUGGAAGGACUGUCCGAUCGAUCCCCAGGUCAUGGCCGGCCCCUGUAGCAUAUUUUUUGUGUUGGAUGCACUCCUGUGCGUUACUUUGCGUGUGAGCUCGGGUUUGCUGUGCACUCUGCAGCUGGAGACCGCCUUGCCUCCUGAGUUGUGGCAGCAGCUUUAUUAUUCUAAGCAGGGUCCCAGCUUUACUGAGGCUUUGGGGUUGGGGUACUUUUAAAAUGCAAAUGACAAUGAAGAUUUAGCGAAGGUGGUAGCCCAGCCAGUAGACAAAAUGGCACUAGAAAUCAACAAGGAGGAAACACCUUGAGGUCCCAGGUAAUUAAAAAGGAAAAACAGCUGGCCCAGCUCUGAGUAAGUCACUUAUUUUUUAAUAUUGAUGCUGGCUGGCUUGUUCACUACGGCCUCAGAAGCCACCACUAAUCCAGCACCCUGAGCACAGGGCCUGUCGGGAAGCGGGUUUGGGUGAAGUGUGGCCUCUACAGAGCCCACCGCACUCAGGUCGACUGAACCAGGGGCAGACAAAUUCUCCAGCAGGAACCUGGAACAGGAAAACCCCAUGAGGUUUGGGAAGUGGAAAGAAGCCUCAUACUGUAACUCAAAAAUGAAGGGGAUGGUUUCUCCAAACAUGUUCAUUGUCACCAACCUAACGCGGUGAAGCCAUUUCACUCAUGAAAGGAAGUCCCCCGGCUGAGGAUGAAACUCAGUCUGUGGCUUAUGGUACCAAUUAGAUGUCCACUGCUACACUCUCAGGACUGUCAUUUCUUAAGUCUGUGUUGGUAACUCCCUGUAAGAACCCCAUCCUGGGUGGGGGUUGAGAAUUAUAGCAGAGAAGCCCUUUGUGGUGCUCGGAGCCGAGGGUCGCCCUUCACAGCCACUGCGGUCAGCUGUCCACCUUACAAAACUCCCAAAAGGCGCUUUUUAGUGGAACUUUGGGUAAGUUUUUCUCAUUUCAUUGUGACUCAAGGAAGUGGGAAAAAACUGAAUAAAGCCUUUUCCCUCUUAAUCACUUUAAAAAUAAUGAACCAUAUCUUUAAAUAUCGGGAAGCAUUUUUAUAAAAAGGCUUCCAUAGAACCUGGUUAUCCAGAGACGCUCUUGCCUGGUGGCUACGGAGCAAUACCCGGGACUCAGGUGCACGGCUUCUGAGCGGAAUUGCACUUUCAUCGACUAACCCUCAGUCCUCGUGGCCUCAUGGGAUAGUGGGCCUGGGCACCCGGUUCAUUCUGACCUGCCAAAGAAUUACCCAGAAGCACAUCAAAUGCCAACACCCCACCUGCACAGUGGGGGUGAGAGCCUUUUGUAUCCCCAAACAUUUCUUUACAGCCUCUGCUGCACCGUUUGGAAGUGUAUUUUUAACCUCAGGAUUUAAAUAAACACUAUGACAUUGA